UUUUUAAGUUUAGGUUUUUAAUUAGACGAAUAGUAUUAAAUUUGCCAAGCUUUUCUCAUUACAAAAAAAAAAUAUAUAGAUAUCAUUCAUGAUUCCCAUCAGACAGGUAUAUACAUACACCUCAUAGUUAUCUUGUAAAAGUUCAUUUUUUGUUAUCUAUUAAAAAUACGAAUUCUCAAAACUUAUAUUAAUGUCGCAUUUGCAAUGAGAGCACCCAAAUUUCAGAUAUUGGAGCGAAUUUCCCCCAACCUAUUUUUUGUGUAUUUCAUUAAUUUUUUUAUGUGUGACACACGGAAGCCGUGAAAUUGGAAAUAAUUUAAAAAAGCCCCAUCCACAACCGUCAAAUCUCCAAUUAAAGUGUUCACUUACGCAUGGAUUUCUUGCAAGUUCUGUGGCUUUUAAAGAAAUACCAUUUUCUCGAGUUAAAGGUUCUAAAUACCUAAACGGACUGCAUGCGAUAAACGCUUAACAGCCAAAGCGCCGUAGCCGAAAACAAGUGAGAGUGAUAAAUAUUUGAGUAACCCAUUGGAGAAAAUUUUCGCCUAUAUUUACCAAACUAAUAACCGGCAAAAAAGAGAGCAGAGUAGGAGGUCCAAACGGUUGGGAGCUCAAGCUCUUAGGCCAUCAUGGCUUCGGAGGCCUCACAGUGUAGUGGAUUUUUCCAGGAUCACGGAAACACGGCGGCCCUAAAUCAAUAUUUUCAGCAUUUAAAUUCCCAGUCAUCGGCAACAGUGGGCGGCGGUAAUUGUGCCAGUGAUAGUGGCAAUGAAAGAUCGUCGGCGGAUAAUACUCGCAGCAGUGUCAGCAGCAAUGAUUCAUCAAAGUCAUCAACUAAUUUGGGUGGCUCUAGAAAUAGUGGUGGAAGUACUGGUAGCAGUAGUGGUCAAUGGCAAAAUAUGCCAACGCAACAGCAGCAGCAACAGCAACAACAGCAUUUACAGCUACAGCAACAACAUCAUCAGCAACAACAACAGCAUCAUCAACAACAACAACAGCAACUUCAUCAUCAACAGCAGCAGCAACAACAACAGCAUCACCAUCAACAACAGCAACAGCAUUUACAUAACCAAAGCCUAGCGCAAAGCCACCAACAGCAACAGCAGCAGCAACAAAUACAACACCACCAGCAACAACAACAACAUCACCAGCAGCAGCAGCAGCAUCAAAACCAACACCAUUCCCACAGUCAUCAUCAACAACUCUCUGCAGCUCUCAGUCAAACCCUACAACAAAACUUAGCUGCCUCGAAUCCCAAUGCUAACGCCGCCGCUGCAGCCGCCGCCGCAGCAGCGGCUGCCGUUGCCACCAAUCCACAUUCAAUAUUCGGUAGUGGUAAUUUCCAUUACAAGACAAAUAAUUCCUGGUCCAUACCCUCACUAUCGUGCUAUCAACGACUCUACAAUGAAAAUGCUCACUAUCAGCGUAACUACAACGCCAACAAUGGCGUCAAUAAUUCCGCCGGCAGUGGCGGUAGCAGCAAUGGCAGCAUUAACAACAACAAUAGUUCCAGUAAUAACUCCAGCGAUACAACUCACGGCGUCACAGUGACACAGUGCAAUAACAAUGGUGGUGCUGGUUUAAAUGGAGGAGGAGGUGGUGGUGGUGUUAGCGGCGGCGUUAACUCUUCUGCCAUAAACAGUAGCUGCUCAGCGACAUUUGCGGAAGCUUCGGCAGCCGCUGCAGCUGCGAAUAAUACAGUGCAGCAGGUGGCAAACGCCGUUGCGGCAGCAGUCAUUGCCAGCGAACAUCAUCACAUAAACAGUUUAAAGUCCCGUUUUCAGCCAUCAAGCUCAGGCAGGAAAUCUCCAUUUUUGGGGUUCAUUUGCAAAACAAACGGUAAAUCCACAUCGAAUAGCAAAGAGGUAAUUUGUCCCGAUGACAAAUACAAAGAAGAAGGUGAUCUCUGGAAUGUUGAGGCUCAGACCGCAUUUUUGGGCCCCAAUCUGUGGGAGAAAACUCUGCCCUACGAUGCUGAUCUUAAGGUAACACAAUAUGCCGAUUUAGAUGAAUUUCUGUCGGAGAACAAUAUACCUGAUGGCUUGCCUGGUACCCAUUUGGGUCAUUCGAGUAGUUUGGGUCAUCGUUCAGAUUCCCUAAGUCAUGCAGCUGGUCUGUCCCUGGGACUCGGACACAUAACAACAAAACGUGAACGAUCGCCGUCACCGUCAGACUGCAUAAGUCCGGAUACCUUAAAUCCACCAUCACCAGCUGAGUCAAUAUUUGAUAUUCCAGCAUUUUCCUUUGCAUCAUCGGGGCGAGAUUUCGAUCCGCGCACACGAGCAUUUUCUGAUGAAGAGCUCAAACCGCAACCCAUGAUCAAAAAAUCACGCAAACAAUUUGUUCCAGAUGAACUCAAGGAUGACAAAUACUGGGCACGCCGACGAAAGAACAACAUUGCUGCCAAACGUUCACGCGAUGCACGCCGUCAAAAGGAAAAUCAAAUUGCCAUGCGGGCGCGAUAUUUGGAAAAGGAGAAUGCCACAUUACACCAAGAGGUGGAACAGCUUAAACAGGAGAACAUGGACUUGCGUGCACGUCUCUCUAAAUUCCAGGAUGUGUAAUGCUGAUUUUCUUUCUUCAUAUAAAAACACAAGAAAAUAACUAUGGUUUACAUAAAUUAUGUAUACUAAUAACAAAAACCACAACACUUCUUUUCUGUCUGGAUUUAUAAUACCUAUACUAUUAAAAAAAUUAAACGAAUAAUGAUAACAACAGCAACAACAAGAACAAGAAAACUAAAUAUGUAGUUGAGUAAUACAAAAAAAAAAACAAAGAACAACCAAGAAACCAACCAACAACAACAACACCACCUGCGUUUUUUGUUAAAAAAAAAAACAAGUUUUAUUGAAAUUACAACAAAAAUUACAAAUUAAUAUAAUAAAAUAAAAAAAAAUUCAAAUCUAUACAAGAAACCAUGCGAUUUUAUGUUGUAAAACAAAAUCAGAAAGCCUCAGUUGUAAUUUUUGUAAUUUUUUAUGAUUUUUCAAGAAAUGUAAGAUUUUACAAAACUGAAUAUUUGAUUUUAAUUCUUAAUUUUAGAUUAUUAUCUAUAGUUCUCAAUGUGUUUGGAAACAUUCAAAAUGUUAAUCUUAUGACUUCUUUUUGUUGACCAAUUUAUCGUUUGUGAUUUUACUCGACUUGGAGAAGACAUUAAAUGCAAAAUUUUUUAAAUUGGAUUUUUCAAAAUCUAUGGUUUUAAUUCAAAUUUGUACACAUUUGAAAUCGGGAAAUUUAAUGUGUAAAUGAAUACAUUUCUUUGAAAAAAUUGUAAUAACUAAACACACACACAUCUGUCACAUAUUUAGAGCCACUUAACUACAGAACAAAACAACAAAAC